AUGGAAGCUAUGUUUUCAUGUGGCAGAGUUGCACUUGCAAUCAUAACAAUAUUAUGCUGCUUCACUUCCCCUGCAAUUGCAUGCCCCCUCCCUGAAAGAAAUCUUCUCCUCGAUUUCAAGGCAGCAGUUGUAGAUGAGGAUAACACUCUCUUUUCCUGGCACGGAUUCAAUUGCUGCACGUGGAGAGGAGUCAUUUGUAAUCUCCGCACAGGUCAUGUUUCUCGCCUGGAUUUGAGUGCAUACUAUUUGGAGGGUAACAUCAGUUCAUCGCUGUUCCAACUUGCACGGUUGGAGCACCUCGAUCUCAGUCACAACCUCUUCAAGGGUAAAUUCAGUCCUCCCCAUAAUCGAAAGUUGAAGAGUCUCACUUUUCUUGACUUGUCAUUUGCUGGUUAUGUAAAUGAAUCCUCUCCGGGUCUUGUAAGGGAAUUUUAUGUGAGUUUGGAAAGCUUAUCAAAUCUGGUGAGCUUGGAAUACCUCUCUCUUGCUGAAGUGAACAUCUCUGCAAGCAAAGAGUGGGGUGAAGCUGUUGGCAGUCUACUCAACCUUCAAAAACUCCGCAUGUCUUACUGUGGGCUUCGAGGACAAAUUCCCAAUUCCCUUCUCAACCUCACCUCUCUCCUUCAUCUCGAUCUAUCAGCGAACUAUUUGUCAGCACAUAUACCAGCUUGGUUUGAAAAUGUGACUGGGCGCUUGCUCUCUCUUGAUCUCUCUUGGAAUGAGAAUCUUGGAGGAGACAUUUCUUUCACUGGACAACGAAAGUCUUCUUUGUCACUAACCACGAUUGUUCUUUCAGGGACAGCCAUCAAGGGCCGAAUUCCAUCUGCUAUAUGGAAUAUCUCAUGCUUGGAGCAUCUUCGUCUUUCAGAUACCAGAAUUGAAGGUGAGAUUCCAGCUUCUAUAGGGAAUUUGUUGUCCUUGCAAAGUCUUGAUCUAUCAUAUACCAGAAUUGAAGGUGGCAUUCCAUCUGCUAUAGGGAAUGUGUCGUCCUUGAAGAGUCUUUAUCUGUCUGAUAUCUCUAUUGAAGGUGAGUUUCCUGUCUCCAUACUCAAUCUCUCUAAACUUGUUGAAUUGGACCUGUCCUACAACAUGUUAACUGGGGUAAUCCCACCUUCAUUGCACUCGCUUUCUUCCCUUGUUAGUCUUUACCUUAAUGGCAACGAAUUGAAUGGUACGAUUCCAUCUACAAUUUCAAAUCUUGUUAACUUAAGAAGCCUUUGGCUCGGCUCCAAUAGGUUAAGCGGCCUCAUUUCCCUUUCCGUAUUCGAUAAUCUCACUAGUCUUGAAAGCCUGUAUCUUUCUUACAAUCAGUUGACUGUAAACAUUGAUUCGACAUGGAUUCCGCAGUUUAAGCUUUCCGCUUUGGAAUUAGGCUCUUGCAAUUUAGAUAGAAUUCCAUCGUUUCUUGUGACCCAAUAUGACUUGAGGGAUCUGGACCUAUCUGCUAACAGUAUCCAAACAAAUAUUCCAUCUUGGAUAUGGAACUUACCCAGCCUUUAUAGUUUGAACCUUAGCUGUAAUCAAUUAACUGGGUCAUUGCCAUCUAGACUAACCUUACCCAUGUAUUUUGGCUAUCUAGAUUUGCACAAUAAUAGCUUGGAAGGUUCUCUUCCUCUUCCUCCUGCUGGUGCUUAUCUUCUAGAUCUGUCGAUGAAUCAGUUUAAUGGUUCUAUUCCUAGUCACAUCGGUGCGUAUCUUGAAAAUGCAAGGUUCUUAUCCUCGUCGCGGAAUAACCUCAGCGGAGCGAUUCCAGAUUCUAUUUGCACUCCAUAUUUGCAGGUUCUUGACCUUUCAAAAAAUACGCUGAGCAGUGUCAUUCAUCCUCAUUUAACCAGGAAUUGUUCUUCUCUUAGUGUUCUAGAUUUGGCAGAAAAUCAUCUGGAAGGUAAAUUGCCAGCAGAGUGGGGCAACAUUACAAACAUGCAUACAUUGAAGCUCAAUGGUAAUCAUUUGAGAGGAGUUAUUCCCUCAUCCAUUUCAGAAGGCCGAUCUCUCCAAGUAUUGGAUUUGGGAAAUAAUGAUUUGGAAGGCACCCUUCCCCACUGGAUUGGAAAGCUAUCACAGCUGCAUGUGUUGGUCUUAAGGUCUAAUCAUUUUCAUGGCAGUAUCCCACGCCAGGUAAUUGGCCUUCCGAAUCUUCAAAUUCUGAAUCUUUCUGGCAACCACCUUUCAGGAGCUAUUCCAAGCAACCUUACAAACCUGCUUGCAAUGGUCAAUGCAUCGCAGAAUAAUUCAAACCAUCUCGAAGAAUACAGUUCAAGUGGUGCUACCUAUACAAAUCAGAUCAAAAUUUCCUGGAAAGGCUGGGAUGUUGAAUUUGUGAAAGUUCUCUUUAUUCUUAAAUGUAUUGAUCUUUCAAACAACAGUUUAUCAGGGAGCAUUCCUUUUAAAAUGGGAUCUCUUCAAGGCUUGAUAGCCCUUAACCUUUCAAGGAAUCAUCUCAGUGGCCGAAUCCCAAAAACAUUGGGACACAUGGAACAACUAGAGUCUCUGGACCUCUCGCUAAACAGGUUGAAUGGCAACAUUCCCUUAGAACUUGAGUUCCUGAGUUAUUUGGAGUUCUUGAAUCUAUCUUACAACAUGCUUGAUGGAAAAGUACCCCAUGGAGGACAGUUCCUAACUUUUGGGGAGUCGUCCUACUUAGGCAAUCUUAAUCUAAGUGGGAUUCCAUUUACCAAUAUAAGCGUCUGCAACAACUCUUCUGGCUAUGGCAACUGCACAAGUAUUGAGAGAAUUGGUGAAGCAAAGAAUUCAGAUGGUGAAAUGAUAGGAUGGGCAGUCGGACUUGGAUUGAGUUAUGGUUUGGGAUUCUCUGUUGUGAUUGGAGUAUUGACUUUAAAUAAGAGGGUGAGAAAGAGAGCCUUCGAUUUUUAUGAUGUUGUAAUUUUAGCUAUUGAUGGGUGUAUAAGAGGUUAA